CGUUGCCCCGCCCCCUCCCCCCGUCUCCGCCGCGCGGCAGGCAGGUUAGGUUGCCGUCGUCAGCUAAGGUUUGUGUGAAGUGCCUGCGCAGCCCCGACGUGAUGAGCGGAGAUUCGGAGCACACAGCCGAAGACAUGAAUUCAGAGAAGACAGACGGCCACGGAGGAGGUGAAUACACACAGAAGGGGCAGGAUUCCCAGCCUUCUCCUUUGGCCUUAUUGGCUGCCACAUGUAGUAGGAUUGAGCCCCCUGAAAAUGGAAAUGGUGGAGGUCAGCAACAAGGUGCUACAGAACUGGAUCUGAGUACUGCUCAAAUUACACAGACGGCAAAUGGUGGCUGGCAAAUCAUAUCUGCUUCCCCUACAACCAAGGACCAAAAUGGAGGUGAUGCUUCAAAACAUCGUCAACUAGCCCCCAGCCAGUUUGUAGUGCAAAACCAGCAGGUUCUGGCAAGUCUUCAGGGGGCGAUGUCUAACAUUCAGUACCAAGUUAUUCCACAGUUCCAAACAAUGGAUGGGCAGCAAUUGCAAUUUACUACUGGCCCUGCUCAGGUGAACGUCCAGCAAGAUGCCUCUGGACAGCUGCAGAUUAUUCCAGCUAGUAACCAACAAAUUAUUACCACUAAUCGAGCUGGUGGAGGAAACAUACUCACCAUGCCCAAUCUUCUUCAGCAAGCUGUCCCAAUUCAAGGAAUGGGCCUAGCCAACAACGUCCUGUCCGGACAGACCCAGUACUUGACCAAUGUACUGAAUGGCAAUAUCACACUUCUGCCUGUGAGCGCAGCUUCUUUAACACCCACUUCUCAGUCUGUGACGCUGAACAGUGGUUCUCAGGAUAACUCUCAGCCUGUUACUUCAGUUGCUAUCAGUUCCUCACAACUGGCCACCUCUCAAGCCAACACAGCAACCUUUUUUACAAAUGCCAACAAUUAUGCCACCUGCACCACUGCUAACAGUGUCAAUCUGUUAAAUUGCAGCAGUGGAACCCCUAUUCAGACUUCUCAGAGAUCUGGCCAGAUCAAUUUGGUCACUGAUACUGUGCAACAGGGUGGUGGCAACCUUCAGCAGGGCCAGCAAAAGGAGGGUGACCAAUCCCAGCAGCAGCAGCAACAACAACAGCAACAGAUUCUCAUCCAGCCUCAAAUUGUUCAGGGUGGUCAGGCUAUCCAAACAAUACAAGCUGCUCAGCUUUCCGGCCAAACGUUCAGUACGCAAGCCAUCUCCCAAGAUGCCUUACAGAAUCUCCAAAUUCAAACUAUGCCAAACACUGGGCCAAUCAUUAUCCGUACACCCACUGUAGGACCUAAUGGGCAGGUCACAUGGCAAACAAUCCAGUUGCAGAAUCUGCAGGUUCAGAAUCCUCAGGCGCAGACAAUCACCCUUGCCCCCAUGCAGGGUCUAUCUCUGGGGCAGCCUACCAGCAAUGCCAACUCCAUGCCUGGCACAGUAACAGUCAACGCUUCUCAGCUUUCGUCCAUGUCCGGUCUCCAGACCAUUAACCUAGGUGCCUUAGGAACCUCUGGUAUACAGGUGCACCAGCUUCAGGGGUUUCCUCUGACAAUAACUAAUGCUCAAGGUGAUGCUUGUGGUCAUUUAAGUAUUCAUUCUUCUGGUAACGAUGGGAUGCAUGUUGAUAAUUCAACUAUGGAGGCCGGUGAGACCAGCCCAGGUACUCCAUCGCAGCCUGUUAGGCGAACCCGCAGGGAGGCUUGCACAUGUCCAUAUUGUAAAGACAGCGAGGGAAGGGGUACCUCAGAACCAGGAAAGAAGAAGCAGCAUAUAUGUCACAUCCCAGGCUGUGGUAAAGUUUAUGGAAAGACCUCUCAUCUGCGGGCUCACUUACGCUGGCACACAGGAGAGCGGCCAUUUGCUUGCACCUGGGUGUUCUGUGGUAAACGCUUUACUCGGAGCGAUGAAUUGCAGAGACACAGGCGCACCCAUACUGGUGAAAAGAAAUUUAUGUGUCCAGAGUGCCCAAAGCGAUUUAUGAGGAGUGAUCACUUGUCCAAGCACAUCAAGACACACACAAACAAGAAAGGCCAAACCGGCCCCAUAGCAAUGACAACUGUGCCAAUGGAAACUGGAACAGGCUCAGAUGGCAGCACUGCGUCCACUCCCACCCCACAAGCCCUCAUCACCACCAACAUGGUUGCCAUGGAAGCAAUAUCACCUGAAGGCAUUGCGCGGCUCGCCAGCAGUGGCAUUAAUGUCAUGCAAGUUGCAGACCUGCAGUCCAUAAAUAUCAGCGGCAAUGGCUUCUCGGAGCCGUUGUUCAGGCAGGACUGUAAAUAGUUGGGGAAUAUGUUUGGGUCUGGGGUGGCUUAAAAGCAUAAAGAUGGGUCCAAAAGGUUGUAUAUGGAAUGUGUUUAAAUCUAUUUUGAUAUGAAAGUUUGUGCCAAUGUACCUUCCCAACCCGGAAGUCUCCCACUCUGUAGCAUAUAUUUCCCCCUAAAUACUUCAGUUAUAACCAUAUAUUUUGGCUUUUUUCUGGGCUUCCAAGGGAUCCAUGAAUUUUGUUCACAGGGAGACUUUCAGGUAUUAAAACCUUGAUCUGGUUGUGGAAGGAUGGACUUGCCUGCUUGAUACAAAGGCUGCCAGCCAGCUAUUUGAAAACCUUGGUCUGUUGUAAAAAAAAAGUUUGCCAGAACUUAUCUAUUCUUCCUUCUUUCCUUUUUUUGUUUUUUGUUUUAUAAUAUAAAAUAUAUAUAUUAAAUAUUUCUAUUUUUCUUAAAUUUUCAAAAACCAAUGGAGAAAACAAACAUUAAUGUACACCUGUAGCUGUUGGGCUUUGAUAAUUCUUAUCAAUGCAAUACAUUUUUAACAAAAAAUAUAUAGAGAGAAUAUUAAAAGGAAACCUUGACUGUAAACACAAAAUGCCAAAAACAGUAAUUUAACAAGUGCUUAGACCAAAACUCGCUGUGGUCAUCCUGCCUAGCCUUAUCUUGCUACUCAAUCCUUAACUCUGUUAUGACAUCAACUGGUUGCAUUUUACAGUGAAUUUUUGAAGUCCGUUGUGUACUAUUUUUGUUCUCGGUGACCCGUUUCAUAUCAGGGACCUCAAAACCCUCAUCCACAUAUUCCCAUUGAGCAAGGAAUGGCUGUGUCCUUGAAGCCUGAGUGGUAUUGUGAUCCAUCAAAAUUGGGGUUUUAUUUUAGACUAAAAUUCUGCAUGUCUGGGUUUAGUGUAGGCCGAGUUCAGGCCAAAAGAUUAUUUUGUGUGUGAUGUUUAAUCAUGUACCAUUGCAUAUUUGACACUUCAGUACUGUGAUAGUUCAGGUAGUCACUUCUCAUGUGCUAUUAGUUGAAGAAUGUAUGAUCUCUUUGAGGUUUGAUUCCCCAAACUGCAGGAAAAGUGGAUCAGUUGGCCAUAGUAGUUGUGUAUUCUGGGCCAAAAAACAAGGUCAAACCAUUCAGCACAAAUCUGCUAUAUAUGCACAUUUUCUAAUUUUGAUCCAAUAAAUAUGCUUAAAGUACAGAAAAAAAAUAAAACUGUCAAUCUUCCAGAAA